AUAUCCAUAGUGACCACAGAGGUAUUGUUUUCAUCUUGGCUUAGAGGAAAGAUCCUUCCUCUAGUCUAUCUUAGCAGAUAAGCAGGGACAGCACAGCAGCGACUCUGAGCUAAAACGUCCAACUAAGGUAAGAAAUCCAGAUAUUAUACAUGAUUCAAGGGAGUGAAACACUACAGAUUUAACCAGCAGGACAACCUCAAUACCAAAUUCUGAUUUAUUAAUUUAAUUAGUUUGAAGACAGAAAGCAGUUUGUGCCUCUCUGUUGACCUUUAGGAAAGUUAAGAGGACGUGUGCAACAAAAACUUUCAUGUUUCCCAGUAACUCCUCUGUAACCUCCAACUCUCAUCCUUUCUUUUCUCUUCUUGACUCACACGCUCCGUUUUUCUAAUGCUCUCUUUCAUACAAUCAUCUUUCUCAUUUUCUGCUGACUGCGGUUUCUCACUGUAACACACGACUUCAUUAUAAGGAGAAGUAUCAGCGCUCUGUGAACUUCAGAUAAAGAAGUCUUGGCGGUUUUAUGGUCACCUUUAGUCAGAGUGUUUUGUUUCCUCUUCUUGCUGGGGCUAAACCUCCGUUUCCUUUAAAAUUCUUGUAGGUGUGAAGUUCCUCUUGUCUUAAAAGGCGAGUGUGGAGUCUUUGUUUCCACCGCUGUCCACUGCAUUAUUAAAUGACUGUUUUUAUUGUUGAGGAGACUAAAGCUCGUCUUCAAAGCCUGUAAAUGCUGAAUUUCAAUAAAACACCCUCAGGUUCAUUACAGAUUUAUUUCACGGUGAAACGCAGAAAACGAGUCGGUCUGAAAACAACGAGAAAGCAUGGCGAUGAUAUGAAACACAACAUGAUACGCUCCAUUGAAACAACAAAAGAUUACAAUAAAAGCCAAAUUCUUUGAAGUGAUUGUGUUUGAUAUGCAAUCCCCGAAGGCGCCGUUCACCUUUUACCAUCUAUAAACAAGCUGGUGACGACGGAGGAUUUCCUUGUUGUUGCACACGUUUCUGUCAUUUUUUUCCCUGCUUAUUUUCUUGUAUGUGUUGGACCACAAACAAAGGCUUGCGUUGCCCGUGGCUCGCUCUUUAAAAAAAAAAAAAAAAAACGGCUCUUGCCAUCAAAGUUGCACAGAUGGUGGAGGCCUCAAGGUGAAAAAAAUGGUGGAAAGUGAUCAAUAGAUAACCUCAGAAGGCCUUUCGCAUGGCUCCCCCUUGUGGGUUGAGGAGCACCGUGGUCACAGUGCAGCUUCAGAGUAUGAUUUGCAUUUUACACACUGUCAUGUCGAGCAAUUUACUGUUAGUGAGCUGUUGGGGAUUCACUGUCCCGCUCAAGGACAUCCUGACUGCAGAGAUAGCUGGCACGGGCUGCAGCUAUAAACUCAGGGUCACGCUGUCAACAUUUUUAAAUGUUGCGUUUCUUUGCAUCAGCCCUGGUGUGCAAAGUUCAAUCAUGAAAUUUGUUUCAUGCACGCUCCUCUGAGACUCGUACUCUUGGUGUUUUUCCACUAAAGGAGGUCAGAGGUUUUGGUGUCUCGCUCAAGGACGCCAUGACAGAGAUGGACACAUGGAUCUCAGAGGACUUACCACUCAGUUACAAAGAUGAUAUGGACUUAUGAGGACUAUCAUGCCUGACCUCUUUCUUUCCUCUGGUGGUGCAGAAAUAGCCACCACUGCAGUGCACAAAAGAAAAGCAGCAUCAUGAAUUUUAUUCAUGUGGUUAAGCAGCCGACUAAACUCUGUCUGGCCCUUGUGGAACCUUGUAUGUUAUUUCAAACUAUAAAAUAGCAUCAAAAUUAGAAAAAUAUGCGCGCCUGCUGAGCUAGACUGAAUUUAAAUUAAAAUUGGAUUAGGAUUGCAUUGCCAUCUCGUGGUAUUAAGUUUUCCUGUGCAAAUCCACGGCCGUCUCUGGAGUCAAAUAAACAUCAGCUCCCUGCACACUCGAGUCAGGAAAGCUCCGAGUGCAGUUUGACGCACGGGGAAACCAGCAUUCAUCAAUGCAAAAAAAUGCCCUAUUUGCAAACACCGCACUUGAGUUAUGUUUGAGUUUAAUUUAUGCCUCCAAAGGGAUGCGUAAACAAUUACAAUUACUUGCGGCAGUCACAGUAAAUCACGUUAAAUCAGUAUACUAAAACAACACAAGCAGAUUUACAUGCAAAUUGGCCCGGGGAAGGUGGCCACAUCAGCGUUUGAGGUUUACUGCAUUAUGUGUUUCAACACUACAGAGAGUGUGACAAUUUAAGUUGUUUAGGCCAUAAACAAAACACUACACGCCGAAGACAGGAGGAACGGUAAAGUGUAAAAGAAAAGGAGUGCUGCAUUUAUAAAAGCGCUCCAAACUUUUCAUAAAUCACUGCUUUCAUGUGUAACUGCCAGGCAACGCCGUAACCUUUCCUAGCACCAGGUACUCAAAUGCACUCCAUCUCCACUCAUUACAGUGCUAGACGAGCGUGAAGUGUCUCCAAAAGUGAGCAGCAGGACUGUUCAUCAGAGGUGACGCACAAGUGGGAGCAGGGGAUUGGGAGACUGAUGAAGCUGUGAUCCAAACACACGCGCCCGCACCUCCACAACAAGCUCAAGGAACAGAUUCGACUGACGAGAAUCAACAACAGCGCCCGGUGUACACAGGCGCCAUGCAUAAUUAGCACUAUAGACACAGUGUGCAGGAAUAUGCUCAGACUGCAAACAGCUCUGUGAUUCUGAAGAACCACAGAAUAAAUAGGUGCUUCUGUGGAUUUAUUGUCAACAGGCAUGUGGAGGCAUUUAAAUCCGGAAAUCAAAAGAUCCUCGUGUCUGAGAGAGUGGGUUUGCUGUAAAAGUAGAGGCCAAACUCACUUCCACUUAAAUGGCAACAGAAAGAAAUUGUAUUCCAACAGAGAGGGGUGGUUUAUGCUGAUCGUUAUUCCGAAACGCGUCCAUGUAAACACUUAUUCCGAUCGUGACUCUCUUACCUGACUCGGUCUUGCUCUUUAGCCUUUUGCUUAUUUGUUGAGGUCAGUACAGGAGGUUUCAUUAUUAACACUACAGCAUAAAACCAUAGACUGUAUAUACUAUGGACAACUUGGUUCCGCCUUCCGCCAGUAUACGGAUUUGAAGCCGAAAAGCUCUCAGUAAUUCCGCGUUUUUUUAGACAUUUCCUGAAACCAACAUUGCGCAGUAGUGUUGUACGCAUUCGGCGGAAGAGUUGCCAAGAGUUGCUGUGAUGACGCUCGGCUCAAACAGCGUAUCCCCCAGGUGAGCUACGCAAUCUUUGUACGCCCAUAGGCUGUAUCAGGUGUCAAUCAUAGAAAACAUGAACCCCCUAAUAAAAAGAGGACUUGAGCACAAACUAGUCUGACAGUAACUACAUGUCAACAUCACAACCAGGGGGGAGAAAAAUUUAUGUUCUGUGAAAUAAAUUUCUAAAGUUUGUCCACAGCUCCAUAAGCUUUGCUGGCAGAGGCGGGAUUUAUGACCUAUACUGCAGCCCGUCAGCAGGGGGUGCUGUUCUCAGAGUGGCUUCACCCAGCCAGGAGGCAGACGGCGUCCGUUCUAUAUACAGUCUAUGCAUAAAACACAACCGCAGGUGUCAUGUCUGCUAACGAGGCGUACAUACAGCGUAUUGAUGUCACAUCUGUACGCACAGAGCAACCUUUGAAAGAAAACAGUAAAAUGAGUGAACAAGGGCGCCAUCUAGUGACAGCAUUUAACAAGGGGAGAACAUCCUGAAUUGCCACCACCGCGUUUGUUGGUUUGUUGACAGCAAAGGCGUCAAUACAACUCUUCUUUUUCUGCAGUUGUUUUAGCGAAAUCUGACAACUCUGCACAUGUCCAAAUGCUUCUAAUCUGAAUAAAACUUGGUGAAUGUAAACGCACGUCAUGAUCGGUUGAUUUUGCUCUCAUAUAAACAGUUGAUUCAGAUUAUCCGAUUCCUCAAAUCUUUAAUCGGAUAAAGAAAUUUUUCCCAUGUAAAUGUGGCUGAUGAGCCAAAUGUAAAGUUGAAACUCACUCAGGUUAAAUGCAAACACCAAAAUAUAGAACAAAAUAUUUUUAUUGUUGUUAAAAAGAGACCUCGGUACAGUUCACAAAGCCCAAACAAAGUACAAAUCCUUCCUGAGGAGACAAGAAAACAACAACACCGUGCUUGCUGCAUCUCAUAUGAAUAUCCUACAUCUGUACAGACUAUUUACAAACAUUCACUUUUCAGUACACACGGCAGUAAAGCUGAUGUUGCAGGUGUUUGGUGGGAGCUGGAUGGUUCACAGUGCAGUUCAUCUUAGUGGAUUUUAAACUCAGAUGUUUGUGUAUUCAAGUUUAAAUAAUAUAAGGCUGGGAACAAGUACCUUGUUUGUAGAAAAGUAGCCAAAAUCCCAUUUGUUUUUACUAUAACAAAAAUCUCAUAGCAGGUUGUAAAUGAUAUGUUUUACUCACAAAAACAAAAAUGCCAUGAAAUAACCUGUAACAGACUGACAAUGCAGCUUUUAGCAGAUAUUACUUAGACGGCGUUAAAAGUGCUUUUGUUGGGGACUAUUUUCACUGAUGGAUGAAAACACAUUUGUUGCUUUAGUAAAAGUAUACAGCAGCGUGAGAUAGUGUUUGAGUCCAAUAAACAACAGAGUUUGUGUUUACUGCAAUUAUGUAAAGUGUCAUCUGUUUAAAAGCGUCUGUGAGGAGUUGUGAAAGAAAUUGAUACCGAUGCUUCUUUAUGGUCCCAAAAGCAGACAGGCACUAGAGAUGAAAAAGAAGAUUUCUAUAUGGUACUUUUUGAGGCCUGAAACCACUGCAAGGGGGUAAGUACCUAAAGGGGUGUCCAGGGGUGGCACAGACCCCCUUUAAAAACCCCAAACUCCUCAUGUUGGCUCAUGUUGUCAAUGGCAGGACUCAUGUAUAGAUUAAAGGCACUGUGAGGAGUUUUUAAGUAGUAAAAAAACAGACUAAAACUAGUACUGAUGCCUUUUUAUGAGCUUCAAAAGCAAACGAGACCAUCUGCAACAAGGCCAAUAUUCCCACUAUUGUGACUUUAAAUGUCUGAAACUGAAAUGAAGGGGAAAGUUUCAGACAGGAUGAUAAACAGCAGGCUAAACAAACUCUUUUUUGUCCUUUUUCCAGAGCAAACACAAACAAUGAGUGAUACAUUUCACAACGACAUAAGGUUCUUGUCUGAAAACAAUACCCACUGAGCAUUUUUUGGCCUGGAAGAGGUCGAAUAGAAGUCUAAACGUAGCCUCGAUGAAUGGUCUAAAAUCAGGCUAUCUCAGGUCUAAAAAUAAAAGUUUUUUAGACGUCUAAAUUAAGAUCUAAAUCUGGGCUUUAUCUAUACUACACAGUAUAUUGCUCAACAGCUUUCAUAACUAUUUAGGUUAAGUACUUGGAGAUCAGUUAUGCAACUCACAGUUACUUUUUGAAACAAAUAGUUAUCGAAUGAUGGGUUAAAGUGCAACUGUCUAAAUUCCAUCUAAAAAUAUACAGAAAUUGAAAUUAUGUCUAAAGAAAAACUAGUCGUCUAAUAGCUCUGUAUUGCUCAGUGGAUACUUUUACAUGUAGGGGACAAGAGAUAAGAGGAAUCAGUUUGUCCACAGGGGGCGCCAAAGUGACACAAACAAUAAAUUCCUCACAGCAGUUGUAACUAUUUUGACUAAUUACAAGGUUACUUCACAGUUGGAGUUUCACAUACUUUUCCAUACCGACAUUUUAGAAUUAUUUCUGGAAAUACCUACUUUUUAGAAAACAGUAUUUUAGAACUGGUAAAAGUCUGGAAACAUAAAUAUUUUUCCAACUUUAUUUUUCCAACUUUUUAAGACCUGGAAAUUGAUCAAAUUUAUUUCCAUACUUUUCAUAGUUGCGUAGGAACCCUGUAAUUAUUAAUCCUAUUAACAUUGAAAUUUAACACAUUUCUUUAUAAAAUUAGUUUAAACUGUAGAAAUAUUUCAAUAGUUUUUAACAGACUUGAAAAGGAGAACCAGAACUUUAAAAAUUGCAAAAAAAAGUUUUUAAAUAAGCUACAAGUCACUUUUGGUUUAUGAUUUAAGUGGCGUGGCCUUUUAUGCAGUAUUAGAAGUAGUAGUUGUAUUUUAUUCGGUCAUCAUGAAUAAUCAAUAAACAUGCAGUAGUGAUUAAAUAUGCAUAUUAACUCUACGGACAAGGAUUCACUCUUUGAUGAUUUUGUUUGGUUCAUGUCAGGGUGGUAUUUUCUGUCAACAAUCUCAUCCUUCUUAUAUUUGACAGUCAAAUACAGUAAAUUAUUGUAAAACUCUGCUGUCGAGGAUGUAAAGAGAGGCUGCUGUUUAGCAUGCUGUCAGAUGUCUGGUUUUACAGCUAUCAACUCUUGCAUCAGUUUCAGAAAUCAUGCAUGUCUUCCCUGCUCUCUUCCCUCCACAUUUCCCGUCUCUCUUCAGCUGUCCUUUCUAAUAAAGACAAAAACACCCAAAAGUAUCACAAUUCAAAAGCGUUAGUCUUGUUGCUGUUGGUCUUGUUUGCUUUUGUAGGACAUGAAGUGGAAUCAGGAUUUAUUUUCGUCUACUUAACUCAUCAAAAACUCCUCACUGGGGCUUUAAGUGCGCGGACAACAAUCAAACUCUAUUAAAGAACAAGAUAAAUCCUGUUUUCUCUGUUAAGACAUUCACUGACAGUAGAAUCAGUUUAUUAUUGUUAGAUCUGUUUGUUAUUAAUGGGAUUUGCUUGAAAAUAAAUACAUCAUCAGCCUUAGCUUAUAAAAAAUAAUGCAGACAUCAAAUAUUACAACUUAACCCGUUUUAGCAGUAGUCCCCUGAGUUAGAGAAGAAAAAAACACAUUCAUUAUAAAUCACUUAAAACAUACUGUGUAAAAUUGCAAUGUCAUUCCUUUGUGUUUGGUUUAGUAACAGCAACACAGACAGUAAAUUGCUCCAGUCUGCUUUUUCAGCACAAAGUCUGGCAGCUCAGGUCUCGGCGUUGACCUCGUUCAUGCGCGGGUGUGAUUAUUUUCCAAGUCGUUUAAGUCACAUAAAAGCAUUUAAUUAAUAAGCACCCAUCCAUUCGUGGGAUCCCCUUCAUAGUCAGCUGAGCAUUACUUCUCAGCAUCACUGAGGCGAAUCCUCUUAAUUGAGUGGUGUCAUGAGAGGCAUCUGUAAACAGAGGGCACUAAAUAAAUAGGUCCUUGUACACUAAGACCACCCCUACGGAUAAUUUCUUCCUUCAUAAUUGUCAGCGGUCCCCAGGGGAGGACAAGUCCGUCUUGUGCAGGAUGAGUCUCAUCUCAUUUACUCCCUGUGGCUAUUAUUAUUUUUUUAUAUUGUUAUAUACAAACAGAUAUUCAUGCGAGCACCUCAGGUGCAUUUUGUCAAGGUGGUGUUGUUUAGUUUUCAUGAUGAAUGGCAGAGCGGAUGUGAGCUUGGUCAAGAGCUAUGGAUCACUGAGCUUGUCUUCUCUGAGCAGCCUCUUGGCAAAGUUUGAUGCAUGACCUGUGCCAUGCAAGUCAAAAUAGAACAAUAAAUGUGUGUCUGGGGUAGCAGAGUGUGUGUGUGUGUGUGUGUGAGAGUUUGGAGAGAGGCUGCUGCGGGGGAGCGUUUGUAUAAAUAUCCUACAGCAUCACUGAUUUAAUUUAGCAAAUUUUUUAAAAGGCUGUAUUUUUAUAUUUUUAAGAUAAUAUGUCUUCUCCUUUUAGGUGAGUCGGCCUGUUUACCCAAAUAAAGUUCAGUUUUUCAUCCCCAUGGGAGACAGGUGCAUUUCUUUCAUAAGAAAAAAAACUGACUUAAGCACUUAGAUAGCAUGCUAUGACAGCUAUUUUGAGUGCAGAACCUUGUGCAGUCACUCUUGCUUGGUGGUAUAUUGGAUCAUGUCUGUCAGCUGUUUGUUUGUGUCAGUGGAUGUGGGACAGUCGCAGCGCAGUCUGCUGACAUCUGUCAUCAUCUCGGUCUCCCUCUGUGAGCCUGUUGCUGGAAAGACACAACAAGCCCUUCAUUGCCAACAUGUCAUGCAGAAGAAGAGGCUGAACCUCUGACACACAAUGCUGCUUUUUAAAAAAAAGCCGCCACCAUGUCACAAACACUCAAGACUAAAUAGAUUUUUGUGGCACUGGGAUGACUGUCAAUCGUAGAAAAAAUGCAGCAGCCAAGUGCUGUCAGGCUGCCUUCGACGAAUGAAAACCACAGACAAAAGCACAAACUGGGGAGGAGAUGGUGCAAGCGGGAGCAGGACUUAUACAGCAAAUAUACACAUUCACAGAGAAGAGCACGGUGUGACAUGACAGACUCUGAGCGCUCGUCUAAAAGAGAGGAAAAUGCUGAAAUAUUUCACUGUAAAGGAACAUUUGCCUGAACUUUUAAACCCUCUGACUCGGUUUCACUCACCUGGUGUGGGUGGGCGAAGUGGCCGUGCUUGUGUGCGCCUUCGUGGUGAUGAUGAUGGUGGUGUCCUGGGUUUGCGCCGUGAUGGUGCUGCGCGUGGUGACGCUGAUGUACGUGAUGAGGUCUUUGAGCCACCGGCAUGUUAACAGGUGGUUUAGGCGGCUGGGGUCCUCGGAUUGGAGAUCUGUGCUGGGGCUGUUUUUGAGGGAUGGUUUGGAACUGUGCGAGGGGGAUCGCAGGCGGAGGUGUCGGCGCGCGCUGAGUCGCAGGAUUAAGAGUUUGGAUUUGCGGUCCAGGGUGGCGCAGGGCGGCCUGCGUCUGCUCCUGUCGGUUCUGAAAUGUCUGAGCCCUCUGAGUGUGGGCUGUGAGCGCAGCCUGGGUGAGGUUGCUGCGGUUAGGCUGGGCGGGGGGAUACUGGACUGGAGCGAAGCCUCCUUGGCGAGGUGGGUUGGCGGCUUGCAUGACAGGCUGUGUCUGCACGCCCAGACCUUGCGGUGUUUGUUGGACCGGUUCUGCUCUGAACUGCGGGGCCAUGUGUGCCUGUGGAAGGUGAUUAGGAUCAGCCAAAGCCCUUGUAUCUGCACCGUGCAGAGCAGGCGGUCCCUGUUGUGUCAUCAGUCCUUGUGACACAGUGGCGCGGCCCACAGAGGCCUGCUGGCUCACCACAGGGAUAGCCUGGGGGUUAUAGCUGCGUGUGGCUUCCUGCCUGAGGGCGGUCUGGCUACCAAGAGAUGCUCUGAUGUCUGGCUGAGCGGCCUCCCUUUGUGUGCGGGGGCUCCUGUGUGUGUGGCGAGCAGCCUCAAGCUGCGCUGCGCCGCGAGACUCUGGGCCUCGGAGAUCAGCAGAUCGGCUGCGUUUCUGUCUGUCCACUGAAGCGGCGUCUUGUCUCCGGGGGGGCGUCUUGCUCUGACGUUGAGGCUGAGGUCGGGUAUUUGUUCUGGACUGCGGUAAAGGAGGAUGGGUAGUGUAGUCUGUGUAGUCUGGAGAUGUUCGUCCUCUUUGAAGAGUUCCACUUGGAUACGCCGGUGUCCCUCUGAGGCGAUCCCAGGGCAUCUGCCGAGGGGACACGGAGCUGGCGGAGGGAUCUUGAGUUCCCGAGUCUCUGUCGGACCUGUGACGAGGCUCUGGCUCCUGUGUGUACGUCUGCGUGUUCGCGUUUCUCUGGGAAGGGUGAUUGCUGUUAAAGUGAGUGAAUCCGGUCGGUAUAAGCGCUGGCUGUUCUUGGCGACUGGUUUCCAAAAUCCCAGGAGUCGUCCUGGGAUUUAACAGAACUCUCUCUAUUAGACCCGCUUCUGCUUGUGGCGGCGGAUUAGGAUUGGCCGUGUUCGUUAAAGGUGUGGAGUUGUCUUGCUGAGCCUGUUGGCUGUUGUUCGGGUACGAGUUAAGAUUGACGUGGAUAGUUGGCGCUUGUGCGUUGGCGUUGGUGUUGUUUUGCUGGCCUGUUUGCGGCACCGUGUUGAGGUUGACGUGGACCGCCGGCUGCUGAGCGCCGCCCUGGAUGACAACGUUCGGAUUCUGCUGCUGCGUGUUGGGGAGCGUGUUUACAUUCUGAGCACCGGUGUGUGCGAAGGCGGGGUUGUCGAAGCCAUUGUGCGGGAUCGAAUUGGUGUUGUGAAAAGAAUUGUGUAGGAGUCGAUUCGUGUCCGCACGCUCAUUGUGUCGGUGUGUGUCGGAGUUUUGCAGGCCGUUCAUCUGCAGCACCUGAAGGUUUUCGCGCGGGGCUGUGUAGAAGCGGUCGGGGUGGCGUGCGCGUGUAUUGGUGUAAAAGAGGGGGGGAUUGGGACCUUGGCCUAAAUCCCUCGCACCAUUAGGUUGAGGAUCUGGAGGCUUAAUGGGACAGGAUGAAAAAUGAGAGGAGGGGGAGAGGAGACAGCAGAAGAAGGAUGAAGAGAGAGGGUUAAUCUGUGAAAAUGGACAAGAUAAAGACAAAAUCAAUAGUGAAUCAUAUGAAAACUUUACUGCGGCUUACUAAAGGCCGGGGAUUCUGGUUGGUCUUUGGCACAAGCACAGUUUCCCUUUGUUGUGCUGUAAUAAAAAUAACAAAACGAUUUACCACCGAAGUGCGAGAUAACACGGCAGAGCUCUUAUGUAAAGUAUAAACAGACGAUGGGAUAAUUAAGAAGCCAAUCAAGUUUCCCUGGGGAUAAACAGAGUUAUAUCUUAUCUACCAUGAGUGUUUGACUCCACAUUAUAAACAAUGAAUGGACAAACUAAACAUCCAAGACGGUUCACACAGACUCACCCCUCCUCCUUCGUACGAGGAAGACAAUAAGCCAGAUGAGGAGCGCGAUGAUUAAGAUCAGCAGCAAAGAGCCAAUCACGAUCCCCACCACUUCUCCAACAUCCAGACAUAUGUCUGUAACAGAGAGACCGGUGUCAAAGGGGGAGGGAUUCAUAAAGAUAAUGAGUCUGGACUCAGACAGACAAACGACAGAGAAGGGAGGAGAUGAUUCCUAAAAAGGAUGAUAAAAAACAGAAAGAGAGAAAGAGAAAUGGAAAUAAAGGGAGAGGAGAGAGUAUGUGAGAGUCCCUGAACGACUUUGACCGCUCUCCACCAGAUCAAUCUCCCUGAAUACCUCCUGUCUCUCUCCUGUCGUGAAGACGGAUACAGAGAGGGAGUCCAAAACCAACCGCCAUCAUUAUCAGUCACAGGGAGGUCAGCGUCCGCCAUAACUCACCCACAAUGGUCAGAGGGGUGCUCUGCUCCGACGUGGUUGUGGUGAUGGUGUUCCUGGCCGUGCAGACGUAUCGGCCGCUCUCGUCCGUGUUGAAGGUUUGAAGGCUGAGCACCCCGCUGUCCGGCUGACCAGAUGCGACCGUCUGUCCGUCACGCUGCCACACGAAGAGGGCAGGAGGCAGCGAGUCGGACAAGCAGGUGAGGCGCACCGUCUGUCCGACUAACACGUCCCCCUCCCCGACGCAGUCUUUAGGGCUCUCUUUGGUCAGCACAGGGGUGUCGGGGCCAUCUGGUUUGGUUAAGAUCAGACGACGUGGUGAUCAGCGUCAGAAUAUUCAGUUCACAAGGACAACAAGGUGGAUGUGGAUUAAAAAACAAGUGACUCUGAAUCCUGCCUAAAGGUUUGUCUGUUUCUCAAAACCUGGUUUAAAUCACCUCACCUGACAUUUUGAUAACCCUCCUCCUGUCUCCUGCACUUUGUCUGGUUGGAUGUUUAAUCUUAAUCUCAUCAUCUGUCAUCUCUUCAUCAACAUGGAGCCCAAUAAGUCACAUUUAUAGUACAACCUCAACAGAGAGCGAACUAAAAAAAAAACCCACACCAAGGUCAAAGUCUGAUCUGCAUAAUAAUGAGACACCUCCAUGAAAAGUUACUGCAACCACAGUUCGGUUUUAGUCGACAAUAACGGACAGAAAUACGGAUUUUCACCGUAGGAAACCAGAAAUUAUAAAAAGGAUGGAGCAUUGAUUGUGAAUAAAGAUGAGAGACAUGUCUCCACCUCCCUCUUUGUACAAAAGUCAAGCCACAAACACCCCCCAUGAUGUAUUGAACCAAACUGGAGCCAGUCCGAGCAGAAAGGGGACAGCUUUGGAGCCGGAGUAUCGGUUUUCCUGCCCAUUGUUAAAAUCAAAACACACACUCCACGGUCAGAACGGAUUCAUGAGUUAAUCUGAAGUGAAAAAAAAAAAAAAUUUCACCAACUCUUAUGAUAGUGUUUGUCACAUUUCUCUUCUUCUUCUUUUGUCAACAGAAAUGUCUACCAUGAACUUAAACCCCAAUUUAGUAAAUACCUCAUGUUACCUUUUCUAAUGAUUUUUUUAUGAAGAUUAAUCCACACCACAAGCCUCUCUGGUAAAGACAUCCCCUCAUAAACUAUUUUCAUGCUUUUAUUUCAAAUUUUCUGUCUUCCAUUUUGGUUGCUUUAUCUGCUGCAUGGUCAAACUCUGCUUUUAUUUUGAAGUACUCUACUUCUGGUAGGUUGUUAGUUCUGUAACCAAAAGAAAACGAUUAAAAAAAACUCCUGGAAAUUGAUUAGUAACUCUAAGUGGUACCAGUUCUUAUUUUCCUUUUGGAUUCACAAUAAAUCUUGAAAAUCUCUCAUUAAGAGUGCCUUACCAUCUCUCAAAGGGCUGCUUCAGCCAGCUCACUAGUACUCUGCUACUUCCUCUGUAUCCAUCUUUCGUUGAAGGACAUGGUAACGGACAUUUUUAUUUUUUAGCAGAAUAUGAAUAUCUUAAAGUUUCUAAAAGUUGUAAUAACUUUCAAUACCAAUAAAUCGUAGGGUGACCAUAUUCUGAAUCCCCGAAACAAGGACACGACUACACAGGGGCGGAGUCACGGAGUCGUGUAAAGUUAACUUUGAAAGUUUUUCUGGUCGAAUCAAGUGUUUUUUACGCACUUCUAACUCAGUAAUUCCCCGCGACACAAACUCAAAAACUUCAAUACAAAAUCUGGACAUUUGAAGGAUUUUAUAAACUCCCCCGGACAAGGUUGGACAGCCCCCCAAAAAGAGGACAUGUCUCAAUAAAAGAGGACGUAUGGUCACUCUAAUAUAUCGUGACAGCCCUCAUUUGUCCAAUCAAGAAGGCAGGCUUCAAACUUGAUGACCUGUACUGCCACCAGCCAACAGGGGGAGCUCUAAGUGUUUCAGCUGCACUUCAGGGACGUGUCAUGAAAUGAAUCCAUUCAUCCACUCACUGGGAUGGACAUGUUAAUAUAUUUUUGAGAAUGAUGUUUAGUUAGAGACUUUUUAGAUGUCUUGUUUCUUGGCAGGUUGGAGAACCUCCAUCCUGCCAAGAAAGAGUUCAGUGUGUAUCUCUCCGUGAACCGUAACUUGUUGUUUUUAUAGUUCAGUUUUUGUACAAAAACAAAUCAAAAUAGCGUCUGAGACAUACAUGUGAUAUUAACAGAGCUUCGGAGGUGUCUUCAGAGCUAUUAAAUAAGGCCGACCUUUUCUGAGUGUUAAUGGCAAACUCAGAUAAACAGCUGUUGUGCUGUUAUAUGUUAGAAACACGAGCAUCAGUUUUCUAGUUUAACCCAAACCAAAAACAACCUCUGUUUACAUUCACCUAAAAAUAAAAAGCCAAUGGUAACUUAGCUGAUUAAUCCAAUUCAUAUCACUAAAUCAAUAACUCUUUAUUAGUAUAGCACCAAUUUAUAUCAAACGUUAUCUAUUUGAAGAGGAUCUAACAUCACGAUGAGCGAGUCAGUCUGCAGCAAUAAGCAGUUUAACAGUGUUUGUAAAACCUCCCCUUUAAUGGAGGAAGAGGCCUCGAGCAGAACCAGAACCGGGCUGAACAGCCAUCUGCUGCAGAAAGAGACAAGAGGCAUCCAGACAAACACAUCAUUUUGAGAUGGCGCCUCAGCUGUGACAGGAGUUUGAGGAGCUUCUCUCAAAAUUUGUGGGAAUAAAAUAUGAGAAAAUAAUUAAAAAGCGACUAAUAGAUAAAUCAGUGACCAUGAUCCUUCAGGUUUUUUUUAUAUGAGCAGGAAUUCAACAGCCUCUGUGAGUGUGACAUCCAGCAUUCAUGCUUUUAACUUGAUUUAAUCAUAUUUCUUGGAGUACAUACUCCUUCAAAACAUUCAUAGUUUCAACAGAUUCUGUCAAAACCAUUGAAAAUGUGUUUUCUCUGGUUUAGAAAAAAACCUCUCUCAAAUUUACUCAAUAAAAACGAAGCUUUUCUUCGUGUUGUUGGGGUAACUAGCUGCGUUUGAAUAAAACUACGUCAGAAAUAUGGAUGUGAUCAAAACGGAGUUAGAAGCAGCACAAUGAGAGAUCUCAGGAGGACAUCUUGACCGCUCUGAGUCUGUUCAGCACCCUGUACAGUCGGUAAUAGAUGAGCUAGAGCUGUUGCAGUGGCUGCAGCAGAUUAGUCACCACUUGUCAUGUGAUCAGUGUAAACUCACAGUAGACAGUGAGGCUCUUAGCGUCGGUGUCGGCGCUGACAAGGUUGCUGACGGUACACGAGUACUCCCCGGCAUCCCCCCGCCUGGCUGGGUUGAUGAGCAGGGAUCCGUCCGAGAUGGUGAUUCUGGAGUCAGUGGUUGAGGUGAUGGCUGUGCCCCCUUUCCCCCACUGGACUGUCGCCUCCGUCCCUGAGGUCCGCGUACACUUGAGCGUCACGUUUCCCCCUUCCACUGCUACUGUGGGAAUCUGCAGACUCACUCCAGUCACAGCAUCUACAGCGUACAAGACAAGAAAAAUCAGUUUUACCAAGGCGUGAAAUUUCAAAGAAAAGUUCUGCGAUUGCACUUUUUUCUCCGGAGAACGAGGGAGUAAAAGAGUUCAGUACAAAAGCUGGAGUGACAGAACAAUGGAGGGUAGUUUUUAUGAUUCUGUUGAGGAUAAUUUGUUGUAAUCAAAGCAAGUGAGCACUGAGAGGGGACAGGAUUCAGAUAGAGGCACAGAUGGUGAGUAAGGGGGCAGACGGUGUGAGUGGUGCUGAGAAGCCUCUUGGCGGGCAGCCUAAGUUAAAUAAUUGGAGAGGGAGAAGAGGGGGGCGUGAGGACGGAGGAGGCUGUGACUAAGAGAGGACCUCAGCGACGACCAAAACAUUAGCAGCGACAAAACACUGCAAAUCGGAUCCUUGUGCUUUUUUUCCCCUCUUGCUUGUGACUCAGCAGAAACAUGGAAAAUUGUCAAAUUUUAGCUUUAAGUUCGGAGUAAGUGGGAGUUUGAGAGUCGCGCUCGAGGAUGCAUAUGUUCCGUGACGGAAACAAGCUGUUGUGAGUUUGGAGGAUGUGACCUUUUCAGCGAGAAUAAAACUGGUACUUCUAACAAUUUGGUCACUCUGGCGCACCAUCAUUGUCGUUGUAAGAGGGACGAGAGAGAGAGAGAGACUGCACGUCAUCCAUCCAGCGUGGGAGAGACUCUCAGCUGCUCGGGCUCCAAUUCAGCGCUGAAUAUAAAUAGAUGCAGAUACUGUAUGUACUGUAUGUGGUGCUAUAAUCAGGCUACUUCAAAAUCAAACAUCUAAGAGCAUGAGCGCUGCAUAUCAAAUGAGUUUUAAUUAGCAUAGAGCCCUGAGCCUGCAGCUCCAUCCCCUCCUCCUUUUCCAUUAAUUUUAGCUCGCCUACGAUGGGUCACUAAUUUCAUUACACCUCCCAGACUAAUUCUCUUACUUUCCAAAUCCUCCCUCUCCUCUUUUUACUCCCUUCUGUUCCUCCUUAACAUUAUCACCUCCCUUAAACCUCCCUCUCCUGCACACUUCACCGCCUCACCCACCUUCCCCUCCCUCGUCGUCGUCCUCGUCUCCCCCUCACAGGCACACUUCUUUAUCUCUUACCGAACACCCUCAGCUGUAUUGAUCUGGAAUUAGCCAAUAGGCCCGUCGUAUCAAUAGGGUCCACCUCCACCGUGUAGUUUCCGGCGUCUCGGAGCUGGGCGCCGCUAAUUCUCAGCUGGGUGGCGCUGAUGGUGACUCGGCCCUGGAACUGGGCGACUGUGUUCACCACCGAGGUCCCUCCGGUCCACAGACCCAGAGUGACUCCCUGGUACUUCCAUGUCACGGACAGGACCUGGGACACCGUCAGAACCGUGAACACGAUCUCAGUGCUGGUUUGGACGAGUACUGGGUCUGUCUGGAACUGGAUCUGGACCUGGUCUUGAGCUCGUACACCGGCAGCAAGGAGGACUGAGUGAAAAAUAACAAGAGGGAAGGAUAUCAACAAAGUGCAUCAGAAUGGAUGAGAUAUAUAACUUUAAGAUGUUUAGUAACAACCGCACGAUAGCAAUACACAGCGUUCUAUGGAACCAUACCUCAACCAAAACGCCACUCUAUAGCCACAAAUAAUGCUCAUCACACUACACAGCUUAAACUGACCGGGUCCGACCAUCAGCAGGUCGUCUCAUUAGAAUUUAGGAGGUGCUGGUGCUGACCAUGACCCCAAAGCUCCUCCCCCUCCUUCCACAUUACCAUCAUGUUAUCAGCGGAGAAAGAUUGACUUUAAAUUCCUCCUCCAUCGACCUACAAACCACAACAUGAACACACAUACAGAGAUGCACACACACACACAUAAAUCCCCCUCUCUCUGCUUUCUUAUCCCUCUCAAGGCCAUCAAAUAAAACUUUCAUUCACUUCUCUCCUUUUGUUUCUCUCUCGUAUUGUUUUGUUUUCAUUGUUCAGGUUUUCUUCAAAUCAUUCCUUGUUGAGUUCUGAUUAUGUCGCAUUUGUCCCGUUAUUGUCCUCCAGUAAUUUUCUAUUGUUGAGCGCUCUUAAUGUUCUAUAAUCAGGGCCAAAAGGGUCAUGUUUACCAUUUCUAUUAGGCUUUUUUAGCCUGUUAGCAUCCUACUUUUUCAUAGAAACAUAAAACACAAAAUCAAGGAAAAGCUGAUCGGGAUAUAAUAGAUGUUUUGGCCUGAAUAUUUGUAGACAACCAAACACUUUUUUUUUUUUUUUUAGAUGAAUCAAUUAAAGCUGCUAUAAGGAACUUUUAGUAUGUAUUGGAUAUGGCGCCCCCCUGUGGACAAAGUAAGAUCAAUCACAGCAAAUCUGAUAUGAAGGCUAUUUCUACAUCCUUUCGGACACCUAACCCCCUCUGAACUUCAUUUAAACACAAAAAUUACGACUGAAAAAUCACUACUCUAGUUGUUUGAUGGUCUUUUUUUGCUUUUCAGGCUCAUACAGAGGUGUACCGUAUUUUUCGCACUAUAAGGUUCACUUAAAAUCCUUUUGGCUUGUCGGAGCACUGCAGCAACCAUAGCCUCACGGAGUUAUUGAAUGAGUUAAAUAGAUCUUGCCUUAUUUGACUGUUUUGUUUGACUUCAUGUGCUUUAUAAUCCAGUGCACUUUAUAAUCCGGUGCACUUUAUAAUCCGGUGCACUUUAUGUAUGAAAAUAGACGCGAAUAGAUGCGUUCAUUGAUGGUGCGCCUUAUAGUGCGAAAAAUACGGUAAGUAUCAGUUUCAGUCUGUUUCUGAACUUGUCAAAAACUCCUCACAGUGCCUUUAAGAGAUGACCGAAGGGAUGUUUACGAAUAAUAUGUUUGUUUGUAUCAUAGUAUGAGGCAAUUAAAUGAAUCAUUCUCAUAAUAAACCCACCUGGUAGAUGAAGACACCAAUUAAAUAAAUUUAAGAUAAAGACACAGGAUGAAAAAAUUAGUAUCAAAUGUGAAAAAACAUCAUUGGGGUUGAAUAAUCUCGGUGUCUAUGAGUUGUAAGCAGCCCCACAGGAGCGUUUUCUCUCUAAACUUCUCUAAUGGUUUGAUUUGAAUAAGAGUUUCAGGGCAAAAGAGGAAAAUAAAAUCCAACAUUUCAACAUUAAAGAUUAGAGGGAAGAGAAAGCAGGAUGGUGACACCAUUUUGGGAUUUUUUUUUUCCUGUCACGUACCCACUAAUAUCACACCGGUCUAAUAAUGUAGUAUCGGUGGUAUUAAGUCCUGAGAGGCCAUUUUUUCAGCUUAACGUCUGCUGGGAUUCGAAGUUAACUUCUAAUACCUUUUACUUAAGUGAAUGUUUACAGCAGGACUCUGACUUUAAUUGCUUUUUUCUAACUAAUGUAUUUAAACUUCUACUUAAACAAAGGAUCAGUGGACUAAAUCUAUGGAUAUACACAGACCGGGCUCUGGGGGUAAAAAGCCAUUAGUGAGGCACACACCCUCUCCUCUCCUUCCAGACUUCACACUGUGUAUUUGGACUGUAAGUGAUCCCAUACUAAACAUCUAUUUUGUGUUUUCUCCAGCUCGACUCGAGGUGAGCCAAGUCAAAGUAAUGUUUGCUGCAGCUAUUCUCAAGAUUCAGAGGUUUACACACGGUUUCCAAACACGUGUUUCAUGAAAAAUUCAUUAUACACAUUCACUCAUUUAAUUGCUUUAUGCUGUUUGUUCAUUUGCAGUCUGUAUGUGAAGGAGGAAGAUAGGAAAAAAAAGUCUGUUUCUGUAUUUGGCUGCCAGCUCUCCCUCAUGCUCCUGUUUGUGUGGUAUUAAAGAUUCAAGCAGAGAAACCCAGCCUGAAUUUUCAAUAUUCUUUCACUGGCACAUAAAGCGACCACACAGGAACUCCCUGGCCAAUAAAUUACAGUGAAUUAAAUCAAUAUGGUCCUGAUCAGUCUCGCUGGACUGCCUUUACACGAUUUUCGCCGGGGAGCAGGGAAUAAAAUGACAGGAGCCAACAGUGAGAUGGAUUACAUUCAGACUCCCGGGACAAGUGUUUCAAUGUCUGAUUAAAAAUAUCAAUCGCUGAGUUUCUUUUCCAGCGGAGACAGAAAGAGUCAUGAGUCAGAAGUCAGUGAGUAACACCUAGGAGUGACGCGGCGUAGUAUCGAUGCUUUCAUGACCUGUUUAUCGGAGCGGAGUCACCACAUAUGAAGCAAUGUCUAAGAGUCAACAAGAUACAAUGAGUGUGCAAAUAUAAAAGAAAAGAGAGAUUUACGCUCUGAAUAAAAAAGUCACAGCAACACCUGUGAUCCUACAGGAAAGGACUGACAGCCAGGCGUAUUAAAAAUAACUUUUUCUGGUCUUUGUGUUCACAUACGAGGCUCUCAAAGUUCAAUCUAACACUAUUCAGUCCUUCAUUUCAAACUUAAACCACUGCUAGAAAUAACACAUUAAUAAUUCUUAUACCUAAAAGACAUCUUAUCACGUUUUAUCAAGUUUUAGAGUAGAACCAACUCAAAACUUUUGAUGUUACUUGCCAAAGAAAGCAAAAAUUAUACAUAAUUUUGAAACUCUGCAAAUUGUUUUUUUUGCUUUAAUUGUUUUCUUUUAUGCAUAAACACAAACCUAUACUUAGUGGACUAAUAAGAAAAUAAUCAAAACUCCUGGUUCUUGUUUCUCAGCUCGUUUAGCUGAAAAAAAUAAAUCUUAAAAACUGAAGAUUUACGCUUCCAACGCCAGGUAAUAAAUGUGAUGUUGCAUAGGAAAAUAGUUUUCAAGAUGGCAGAUCUGGUACCAGCUUAGCUCCAUGAUAUAACUGUAUAAGCUGUGACUGUCUCUCAAUGCUUCCUAUACAGUCCACUUAUCAUUAGACAUGCACUGAGGUGAUAAAAAAUCAGUAAAACUAACAGUUCAACACCCUAUUGAAAUAAUGGUCUGAGCCAUUUUUUGACGAAAAUUAAUUUGGCCUAAAUCAUUUCAAAAGAUGAUUUGGACAAAAAAACUCAUAUUCGUCAAAAAUUGACUUAGACCAUUAUUUUAAUAGGAUGACGAGUUUUUAUUGAAAAGAUGUUUAAAGCGUCUGUGAGGAACUUUUUUGACGAAAAAGAGUUUUUGGCCUAAAUCAUUUCAAAAGAUGAUUUGGACAAAAAAAACUCACAUUCGUCAAGAAUUGACUUAGACCGUUUUUUUAAUAGGAUGAUGAGUUUUUAUUCAAAAGAAGUUUAAAGUGUCUGUGAGGAACUUUCAUGUUGUGUUGAAUCUGGCGCCCCCUGUGGUCAGAGUGAUAUAGUGUCAGAGUGUCCUCUUUCUCAUCUUGUCCUGAACCCGUUUAUAAAAAGACUUGCUGUAGAUUAACUUUUUUAGGAAGUUUUAGGUCAUAUAGAGGCAUCAACGUUAAUUACUGUCUUUCUCAUAACCAGUAAGAAAAGCCUAAAAGGAGGAAGAAACUUUGAAUUAUUACUAAUUUAUAUCAUUUCGUUUAAGUCCAUAUUUCACACUUCAAAUUACUACAGUGUAAGAGGAAAUAUUUUGGUAACACUUUACAAUAACUUAACUCAUAAAUGGUAAAUAGCCCAUUUAUAAAUGGUAAGCAGAUAGUUUAUUAAUGUUUAAUCAUCAUUUAUAGAAAGCAUAUAGACCAUUUGUACAUUGUAAAUUUUACAAUUUUAAAAACCUAAUCCUAACCCUAACCAUAACUUUACAAUAACCAUCUAAGUAAUGUUUAUAGAUGGUUUAAAAACCAAAUAUUAACCAUUUACAAAGUGCUACUGACACACAUUUAAAUCUAAAUGUUUUACAACCAAUAUUUAAACCCUAUAUAAACCUUUAAUAAAUAGUCACAUUAAUAAACAAUCUAUUUGCCAUUUAAAAUUGGUCUAUAUACUGUUUUUAAAUGAUGACUAAACAUUAAUAAACUAUCUAUUUUAAGGUGACCAGACAGUCCCUGAAUUGGAUGACCUGUCCCUGGCAAAAACUGUCCCCGAAAAUGUCCCCGAUUUAAGCGUUUCAGGAAUGAGAACAAAAAUGUUGCGUGUGGGCAAGAACAACGGUUAUUAUAGUAGCUGAAUGGGUAGAAAGCACAAGUAAGCAGUCCUAAACAACAGUUUUUACGGUGUACAGGGUUUUUUACAAGGGGCGUGCGCUGCUACUAAAUAGUACCGAGAUGUUGUCUGUGAUCACGCAGUCCAUGCACCGAAUGUCCCCGGAUUUCAUUACAGAAAUCUGGUCACCUUGAUCUAUUUACCAUUUAUAAAUUAUGGUUAUUGUAAAGUGUUACCAAUCUUUUUUUCCACAUCCUGUAGGUCUGGUAUGUACAUCAGAAGACGACACCAAAAUUGCAUUUAUCAAUAAAUUCUGUCUUAUUCUUGAAUCAAAUUAUAUGCACAAGGCUCCAACAGUUUCCCCCUAAUAUCAUGCAGCCCUUCUUUAAAUGAAUAUAUUUAUAAGAACAUAAUUCCUCAGUGCUCGCUAUAAUGACUGGGAGCUGUGCCAGCAUCACUUACAUACCAGGUUGCACCGUGUAUUUGGAUUCUGGCUUGGAUGAAUAAAGCUAAAUAUCAAAGUCAUCCAAUGCUGCAUCUCAUCUGUAAGACGGGUCGCACUUAAAUUAUGAGAUUACAUUUUCAUCCUGGUGGUGAAACGUCUUUACUUGAUUGCAAUACAAGGACAGAAAUCUCUCUGCAAUUGAAGUUGGAAUAGACUUAAGAUCUUCCAGGCAGUGCUGAGUAAGUUCUAACAGCCUGGCAAACUUGUUGGUCACUGUUUCACUCUUUCAUAUGUCUUUCUUGUUAACCUCUACUAGUCCGGGUCACUCCCAGUAAGAUCUUUCAAGAGAGACCUGACCAAGUGUAGCAACAACAAAAAGUUUCAAAAGCAGACAAAUCAGACUCAAACUCAAACAGCAGGGUUAAAAAAACACCCUUGAAAUAAAUCGGCUAGAACAAUAUAGACAGCUGGGAUUCAAAACUUUAGCUCUACUCUUUAGCUUUAUAAACACUGAGGCUAACUAAAUCAGUAGUUUGUUUCAGGCAAAAGGUGCAGAAAACCCCAAAACUUUCUUUCCAAACUCAGUUUAAACUUUUGGAACAUCAAAGUGCAUCAUGUCAACGAAUAAAGCAUAUGAAUUCAUAUUUCGCAUUAGAAGAGUAGACUGAAAAUCAUAUUGAUGCCCUUUCGUGAUAUCCAAAAGCAAACAAGUCCAUCAACGACAGAGUUUAAGAUUUUUAUAUCCUGAUUUUGAAUACCUGAAACUGAUGCAGGGGGCUGAAGCAUCAGUACCUUUUUCAAAAUAUCCACAAUGAGUGUCAAACGUCAGCAGGAUGAGACUUUUUUUCCACAGAGGGUGCCGUAAUCGACACAAACCAAAAGUUCCUCACAGGAGCAGUAAAAAAAGAUUAAAAAUAAAAAUUGUGGGUAAUGUGCCAGUUACCAUGCCACAUCAAAUUGCAUGUCUCUAUUUAUUUGGAUCAUUACACCUUGUUAAAUGUGUUUUGAAUGUGUACAAGUUGAUGAUUUUGUCCAAUUGAAUCAUCAUUAUAAUAACAGCACAACUAUUUAAAGUCAUAUUUUCAUGAAUAGAAGCAAGUAUCGGCAUGAUUAGUCGGUCUAUUGUUUAUGCAUGAACAACAACCAUAUUAUUUUACUGUAUUCACACUCUGCCCAUCCCUAUAAACAAAACCUGUGGCGGCAUACUGACUAAUAUAGAAACACGAACCUCUCCCUGUCAUUCUGUGUCUCACAUGUUUGAGUCUGGGAGGGGUCCCUGAACGCACCACCUCACUCAGCAGUCGGAGCACAUAGAGGAAUGCAGCCUCGCAGGUUUAAGAGCGGUUAAGACGAGCUAUCUGCUUGAAAUGCAAUUGUUUUAUAAACGUGCUCGGCAUACCGCUGCCUCUCUCUCUCUCUCUCUCCCCUGACCUGUUUUAUUUCCCACAGUACAGACUCCACUGAAACUCUGCUUUUGUUUAGACUCUUUGAACGCUGCUGGAGCAGGAGGAGAGAAACUGUCAGUGCAAAUUGUUUUUACCUGCCAGUAACAGGCUGAUAAGGAGCAGAGGUUGUCUCAUGUCGUCAGUCAGGCCAGUCUGGGGAGAAAUUACACUUUUAAUAGAAAAAAACACGACUCUAAUGUGUAAUUGUAUAAUUUCUAACAUACUCUAGCUUUCUUGAAGGAGUAUCUACUACAUUGAAGGGUAAAUGCUAACCGGGUUACUGCAAACAAACACAACAAAAACGAAGCUGUAUGAAACUUACCAAAGUGUUUUCCUCCUACCCUCAUGUUUGUUUAGUGUUCAGAAAAGAAACUCCGUAUGCCGUACGGCCCCGUGUUUGUUGACUAAUGAAUCAACUUCCUGUUUCUCUAUUUUUACCUUGAAGGGGCACACCUGUUCUCUUAAAGGGCCAGCAGCAUUUUACCUGGAGAAAGUGCCAUCAUCAAGUAGCUUUGCUAAAACUAGCUCUACCAGUUACAACACGACAACUCUGUUAGUAGUUGAAGUCAGUGGUUCUCAACUGGUAGGUCGCAACCCAAAAGUGGGUCAUGGACAUAGACUGUACAUAGAAUGGACAGAGUCUGCCUCCUUGCUGGGUGAAGCCACUCCGAACACAGCACCCUCUGUUGAUGGGCUGCAGUAUAGGUCAUAAAUCCUGACAGCAAAGCUUAUGGAGCUGUAGACAAACUUUAGAAAUUAAUCACACAGAACAUAAAUUUUUCUCCCCCCUGCUUGUGAUGUUGACAUGUAGUUACAGUAAGACUGGUUUGUGCUCAAGUCCUCUUUUUUCUGUGAAACUCCAUUUUUAAAAGUUACUAGGGGGUUCAUGUUUUCUUUGAUCGUCAUGAUCUUUUUUUCUCUUUCUUGCAUGCCCCAUUAAACUACUCAUACUACUUCUACCACUAACUACUACUGCUACUACUACUAAUUCUACCACUACUUCUACUGCAACUAACUAACCCUAUGCUUUCAAUGACUACCACUGCUGAUUAUAAUCCCUCUUCAUACUCGGUACGUGCCUCAAAGCCUCGAAUUCUAACGUCCCAUCACUUGUCGCGGACACGUUCUGGAUGGGUCGCAAACAGCUGGUCAAAAAGUAAAUAUUUAAUGCCCGUCUGAUGUUUGACAUGUCUUUUAUUUUGAAAAAUAGCUUAUUUUGCGCAAUUUGAUAUUUAUUUAAUAUUUGAUAUUUUCUUUUUAUGCAAUUCAGUAUUUGUCGUCCUCAGUUCAUGUGCUCAGAAGUGCACUUUAAUCAAUAAAACGGGUGUAUUUGUGUUAAAGAUUUGAGUCUUUAAAGGUUUUUUUACAUGAAAAAUAAAUUUGCUUGGUUUGACUUCUAUAAAAGUGGGUCACGGCUUAAGGACCAUGUGAAAAUGUUGGUCCCAGUGUGAUACCAGUUGAGAAUCGCUGGUUUAAGUGAAAUAAAUCUCAUGUCAUAAGGAUGUUAAAUACACUACUUCUUUCACUGUUAUCUUGACCUUCACUCACAAGAAAGUGUUUUGACUUUGCUGUUUUGUUUAGCUCACUUUAUCUUAAAUGAGGAAACAGUCCUUUUUUUCCCACACUCGAUUCUAGUGUUUUUGAGCCACUUGAUUUUCUUUGAUAAGACGGCUGAAGAGAGGUAGGAGAUCUUCAGGAGAGCUGAGUGGGAAAUAACAUUCAGAAAGAGCAGAUACCGAGAAUGAAACCUGUGGCCACUGUUUCAGGGACUUCUGUAUGGAGUGUGCUCAAAUAAGUGCGUCUAAAUCAGUGUUUUUCUUUCAACAACUUCUGAAACAACAACUGAAGAAUAUUAUCUGCAAAUAAACUUGUAGUUCUCAACAUCGUGGGGUAAAAGUGUGUGACAAAGCAUGACAUGUCGAAGCCAGAUACAGUUUAAGUGGCUCAGAUUUCUAAGGAAGCGCACUGCCUCUAUUAUGUGUCUUUUUCUUUUUGUGUUUGAUUAAAACCUCUGGAGGUGAAUAACAAUAACAACAGGGUCCCGCAGUUAAUGCAACUAAAGCACUGUUCUUUUACCAGCAAACACUGAAAUUAAUUAUAGUGCUUACUCCCAGAUAACAGCAUGUUAAAGGUCUCCAAAUAUUUUGUUUAGUGUGAGAAAUACUUUGUAUCUCGUCUUUCAUUUUAUUUCUGCCUUGUAGAUAAAGCUGCUCUGUUGCAGGUGGAAAUUAAGACUUUGAUGGCUGACCUUUUCUUAUUAUUAUCACAGCAUCAUCUCUGUCAUCCCCUUUUCACCGAGUUCAUCAUUUAUUACUAAAACCUCCAUCCACACCACCUUCAUCAUCAUUACAGUAAUAAUCAGCAUUAUCUUCAUCACCAUUUUCACCAUCAUCGUCAUCAUUGUAGACUCUGCAACCAUCAACAAUAUGAUUAUCUCACAAUUAUCACAAAAAUCACAAUUAUCAUGUUAAUCAUUAUCAUCAUUAUCAUCCAACAACUGCCAUUAUCAUCACCACCCUCAUCAUCAUCAUUAUUUUCAAAUCUUAAUCAUUUUCACCACCUCACUAUCAUUAUCAUCUUCAUCACCAUUUACUAUUUCAAAAUCAUUAUUUAAAUCAAUACUAUUGUCAUCAUCACUAAAAUUAUUGUCAUCAUCAUCCUCAUCAUCAUUGCAGGGAUGUCCACUAUCGUCAUCACCAUUAUUUCAAUAUGUCAGUCAACAUCCUCUUACCGCCAUUAUAGUCAUUAUCGUCAUGUUUAUUAUUAUCACAUUAAUUAUUUUGAAACUUAUCAUCAUUAUCAUCAUCAUUGGCAUCUUUAUCAUUCUGUCACAAUGAUCAAUGUUAUAUAAAAUCACAGUUACUGUCAUCACUGUCAUUAUAACGAUCAUCAAUCUCAUUAUCACUCAUUUGCAUUAUCAUCAUCAUCGAGAUCCUUUUCUCUCUCAUCAUCAUUGAAAAUAUAAUUAUCUUUAUCAUUAUUGUCAUUAUACACAUCAUUAUCAUAGUCAUUUCAGUAUCCUUCGUUAUCAUUUUCAUCAUCUUUACCAUCAAUAUCCAUAUAUUUAUCAUAUUAUCAGCAUGAUUUUUAUCAUUAUAAUUUUGAUCAAUAUCAUUACCAUUAUCAUCAUUAUCCUAAUCAUUGUCAACAUCAUCAGCAUCAUCAUUGUUGCCAUGACCUCUGUCAUCAUUUUCAUGAUCAUUAUUAUCUUUAUCAUUAUCAUAAUGCAUAUCAUUCUACUAUUAUUAACAUUCUCAUUAUCCUACUAUUAUCAUCAUUACCACACUAUCAAUGACAUAAUUAUCAUCCAUAUUAUCUUUAUCUUUGUCAUCAUUAUCAGCAUCAGCCUCAUCAUUGUCAUCAUAGUCACAGUGACCUCCAUCAUCAUAACAUCAUCGUCAUCAUGAUUAUCUUUAUCAUCAUCACAGCAGUGACCGCUAUUAUCUUCAUCACAUUAUCUCAUCAUCAUCAUCAUCAUCAUCAUCAUCAUCAUCAUCAUCAUCACUGUUGUUAUUAUCUCUAUCAUAUUUAUUCUUUGCAUCAACAUUUUGAUCGUCAUCAUUCUUAUUUCUUCUGGUUCGAUUUUUGUCAUCAAUGUCAUCCUAAGUUACUUUUUUUGAAACGGCACAAAGAUUUGUUCAAAAUGUUUUUAAAGUUUAUAAAAGAGAGAACUUCAGUUUUAUCCAAGCGUGUUUAUUGACCAUGAAUUUAUAACCAUCACGGUCAUGUUGAUUCUUUUGACUCUAAUGUCUUAAAGGUUGUUUUUAAUUGCAGCAGUCGGUGUCACUGUGCAGCCAUGACCUGUUUAAAGAAUAGAAGACUUUAUAAGAGGAAAUACAUGACGCACUGAUACAAAGUCUCACUACAUGUCUCUACUAUUGAGAUGACACGGAUUAAUGUGAAAAAAAUAAGACAUAAAUGAUGCUGCAUGAAAACCAGAAGCGUGUGAUGCUGUCUGCUGAGCUUUAAGUGAGAGCUAAAUGUUGACAUUACUCAGCUGAUGUAUUAGUGCCACCCACUGGUUUAUUCCUGCUAACAGCACUCGUCUGUAGACAAAGAGCACAGUGGGAGCCACAGCUGUGUUUCCUAUGAUUAUUCAUAAACACUCUGCAAAUACAAAUGGAUUUAUAAUCUGUUUAAAAUCACCCGUUACAUCUGUGCCCCGGGAUGUGUUUCAUAUAGCGAGAAGCUGUGGAGCUAAACCCUGAAUAAGAGAUGUCAUUAUGUUAGUCUGCGCUGAGAGGAGUGUUUAGCUGACAGCACAAUCUCAUCUCAGCAUGUAUGUGGUUGCUUUUAAGUAACUUUGUCUGACUGAAGGCCUUUUUCUGAGAGUUUAGAUACUUAAAUUGGGCUUAAAAGUGUCUGGAUUUAAUUUAAAAGUAACACAGCUGAAUCAGCAACCAAUUAACAAACUUUUGAGGAGUCCUAAAUUUGAGGGUUUUCUCUGCAUAACUUUCCCAGAGAAAGAAGAAUGCAAUUGUCUGCCUUCCCCUUGAAGGUAUCUCUGAGUUGCAUGCAAGACAAUAAUUGAAAACAAAAAUAAGAAUAGACUUAUUCUUGUAUUACCCCUCUUUUUUUACAAUUCAAAGCAAAGACAGUGUAUUAUUGUGUCUGCAGGGCAAACAGUGUACGUGCUGGAUAAGAAGCCCGCAGUACAAAGCCUAUUUCUUAAGAAUGAGUUACAACAUUGUCACUGGUUUCCUUUCCGAAUAAUACCAUUGCAUUUUAUCUCUGUUUACAAACAGUGGUGUGAAAAUCCAGAUGGAACAUGUUGUAUUGUGGGAUGCCUGAGCUUGAACACCGGUCAAAAGAGAGGAAAACACUGGGAAUAAGGAAGGGUGGCUAUUACAAUGGAAAGUACACUUAUUUAAAAACACAAAAGCGGACAGAAGCCUUUACUGUACAGGAAAGGGGGGGAGUCAGAGUGGGGAGGAAGCUGCUUGAAAACAAGGUGACGCCUACAGUGCUAACUAACACUGACUGGACCUGACAGGCAGAGAAAAAGGCCAGAGAGAGGCGAGGAAAGUCCCUGAAACAUUCGGCUUUACUUGCUGUUUGAUGUUGUUUGCAGUGACAGCUGUAGAUCGAGGAACUGUCAUCUUUAACCAGAUUAUUUUUCGCAGUGUGAUGGCAACUGCUUUGAAGAUAUUGUUUUAUUCGGGCCAUAAAUUCUGAGUUGCGGAGUGAAUUGCGCGGCACCUUAACCUCUGAGAAAGUGAGCAGCUAGAGUGAGAGAGCUUUGUUCUGUGUCCUCAACUUUAAGGUAAGUAAACCCCGCUUUUCAACCGCUCUAAUGUAAACAACUCAAGGGGAUUCCAGGUUACAUUCAAUGCAUACGGGUUGGGUUGUGUUCCUGCACUGCUAUCACUCCUUCCUCUCUCUGUGUGUUUUUGUUGCUGCAGCUUUGCUUCAGGGGGUUCAUUUUAAUUUUGGCACCAAACUCGUCCCCUAUGUCGUUCCAAGUUUUACCGUCUGAAGUGCCAGAGUUGCUGUUUUUUGGCUUCUUCACAAAUAAAUUAAGAAAGAAAGAGAAUACCCUAAACAUUUGGGUUACACUUUUUAAUAUGAGGGAUAUUUUGUCCUUAAUUGUUUUCAGCAUUUAUUUCUCUCUGAAGGUGGUAUGAUUAUUCUUGCACCCCUGCCGUAUGAGAACAGGGGAAAUUGGUGUGCUGUUGCUGAGGUCAUGAACAGAUCGUCUCUGUGUUCUCUGUCUGCAUCAGCAGGUGUUAUGGAUCUACAGUGUUUCCUGUGCUGCAGAGUUGCCCUGCUGCUUCUCUUGAGUAAGGCUGUUUUGUUGUAGCCCAGCAUCCCAAUGAUUUCUGUUUUAAAACACUGCAUGAAACCGUAAAGAGAAAACAGAAUAUUUUGCCAAUAUUUCCCCGUGUGCAAGAAAGAGCAAGAGGCCUUCUUUUAUUCUCUAAGAAGACAGAGACAGCUCAAGGCGGUGAUUAGAUGAUGCACAACGUUUAAAAUGCAAAAGAUCUUUUUGCAAAACUACAUUUUGCUUCCAUUCCAACAGUUGCAUUAUUUACCACUCUGCUAUCGUUCGCUUGUAAAGUUAUUUAUGAUUAAUAGGCUGUGUGGUAACCGCACAAAGAUUAAGCAGGUCUGCCGAGGUUUUGACACAGAUUUGAGGAUUUUGAUGUGCCGUGAUGGAUAUCACAUUAGGCAUUGCUGUCAUGCACUAUAAAUUAUUGCAUGACAUUGUUUGACAGGAAGCAGCCAUACAUAUUCAUGAGGAACAUACUGAGAAGGAGGAUGAAGUAUGUUAAUGUUUGUUUUAAAAGCGCGUAGACAGACCGUACAGAGGCCAUGAGGUCAAAUUUAAUUAAAGACGCGCCCUGCUUGUCAUCUUAAUAAAAGCACAAACUGCAGUAUAUGAAGCAUGCAGUAACAGUCCAAUCUCUGUUGUCAGUGCCCAGCGGGCUCUUCUGUAUGUCAGUGCACAUUCUCAACGAGGGUCCUGUGUACAUCAUGCCUGACGACCCGCUGCGACUGGAGGCCCGUAUCGAGCAAGGACCCCUGGAGAAGAUCUCUACUGUUACCUGGGAACGGGAGCCUGAAUCUGGAGUAGGACCUGGGAAAGAGAUUCUGGCCUCGUGCCCUGGCACCGGUCUGAAUGGCUCUGUGUGUGCUGGGACGAGGCCAAACGUCCACGGGAACAUGAAGAAUGAGAAGACAAAUCUUCAGAUUAGUCGCUACAGCAGCACAGACAGCGGCGUGUACGCUGUGACGGUGACGGAUCACAAAGGGGUCAAAACAACCGCGCACUGCAUCGUCAGGACAUACGGUAAAGUAUGAGUUUAGUCAACGCUGUGUAUUAUUCUGAGCAAAUAGUGGAUGAUGGAUUUGUUGUCUGAAGGCGAACCCUUAACUUUUUUGUUACAGAAAGAAGUAAAUCCAGAGUUAAAAUAGUGGAAACCUGCACUUUUUCUCAUGUCCAGCAGGGGGCAUCUUAAAGGGAUAUUCUGGUGUAAAAUUAAUUUAGGGUCAAACACACCGUAGCAUAGAGUUAGACACCCCCUCGAGAGAUGAAUGUUGCAGACCACUUUCUUCUCUAGUUAUACCAACUUUAGUAACGACCACAUUUAGCAAUACAGAGAGUCACUCGCUCAGACAAAACGCCACUCUGUAGCCACGAAUAAUGUUCAGAACAGCACCUAACUUCAUCAACAGGACAUAUAGGGUCCCAGCCAUAGUACUAGCCACCAAACAUCUUUUUAACCUUGCCUGAUUUCUUUAGUAAAUAGACCAAACAAAACUCACCUACUCUCUUCCAGCAGCUGCUUGUUUGUAUGGAGACCUCGGGCCAGUCCAUGACGGACUACAGCGGGGUGACACAGCUCAAGGAAGAACAUUUAUGAUCAUUUCUUUAUCAUUUCCUCUAAGUAAUAAUCACCAUAUUAAUUAUUUUGCACUGCAGACGUGGUAGUUCUUCUGCCUUAGCGUCUCGGUCUGAUUGUAUUUCCAUGAAGAAAUGAUCAUAAAUGUUCUUCCUUGAGCUGGAAGAGAGUAGGUGAGUUGUGUUUAGUUUCUUUGCUAAAGAAAUUAGUCAAAGUUAAAAAGAUGUUUGGUGGCUAGUACUAUGGCUGGGAUCCUAUAUGUCCUGUUGAUGAAGUUAGGUGCUGUUCUGAGCAUUUUUUGUGGCUGUAGAGUGGCGUUUUGGUUGAGUGUUUGGCUCUCUGUAUUGCUAAAUGUGGUCAUCACUAAAGUUGGUAUAACUAGAGAAGCAAGCGGUCGGCAACAUUCAUCUCUCGACGGGGUGUCCAACUUGGUGUUACGGUGUGUUUGACCCUAACUUAAUUUUACGCCGGAACAUCCCUUUACCUAGUGUUCAUUCUUGUUUUGGCAUACGUUCGUCAUACGUGUGAGGCUUCCCCUGCUGGACUCUUGAAAUGAAGCAGGUUUUGGGUACUUGAAGUCAGAUUUUGCUUUGAAGCACUUAAACAAUGAAUCAAUCUAGACUUGGCUUUUAACAGAAUCCAGAUUUGGAAAACUUUUGUAAUAGAUUCACCACGACCAGUGGGCGCUCUUCUUUGAAUCACUUGAAACCCUUGAAACAAUGUUCAUUGAAAUUUCAUCAGCGUUUGAUUCCUCCCAACCAGCUGGGUCCCACCCUGCUUCACAUUAGGAAAAGGGCAGCUUUAAAGUUGGACUUGUUGCAGCUCAGUGAGGCCUCUUCUGCAAGUGAUUAAAAAGGGAAGUAGGUUUUAAGUACUUCAGGGCUGGAUUCUUAGCAGUUAUUCAAGGUUCCUACUGCCUGACUCUAGAAACAAUACAUGUUUUAAAAUCCUUCAAAAUAGACUUCCUUGUCUCCAGCAGCGCCUGGACUUUGGACUCCGGUUUCUGCAGGUUUUGGGUACUUUAACUUUGGAUCUCUUGCAACCAGUUCAACCAAGUUGAGGCUGAUCUGUAGUUUCAAUCCAACCUGUAGAUGCACGAGGCCUCUUGUGUUUUAACCGUCUGACUUUUUCUUGCCAAUAGAUCUCAGAGAUGCUGCCAGAGAAAUGACAUGUAUAUAUGAGUUUUAAAAUAAUGUGGACAAUUGUUAUAUCAAAUUAAUGCUUUGGAUUGGGAUUAUACCGAUAAACUGAUUUAGAUCUGGUCUUUCUGGUGUAGAAUUUUAACAUAUUUGUCUGUGCGUGUUGUUUCUACAUUCGGAAGCGAAGCACUCAGCGUUGGGUUUUCCUGCAGGCCUUGCCCUCAGGAUCCCUCUUUUGUUACUCUGCUCCAGGAUGAUUCCCCUCUCACCAUGGCUUCUAGUUUCCUGUCAGGACUCCUUUGCUUUUACCCUCAUCCGUCUGCUCCAACACUAUCAAUUCAUCAGCUCCACUCUCCUCUACAUCUGCUCUCUCAGCUUCCAGGGUUUUCCAUCAUCCCGUUCUGCGACAUUAUGCCUCACUCUGCGGUCUCAUUAUUGUCUCUGAAAGGCAGCCAGUUUCUCCUGACAGCAUUAAACGUCUCUCAUGAUUCUUUGUGUUAGACCCUCUUAGACUGCCGUCUGCCAUUAUUCUUGUUUUAGAACAGAUAGAGCACCGAGCGUCUCUGUGUUUCUGAAUUUUAACCUUCACUCUUGUCACCUUUUCUCACUCGUACCUUUACCUUCUCCCAUCUGUCUUCACAGAGCCGGUGCACCACGUCACAGUCAGCAUCAAUGUGUCUCACUCCUCGCUGGUUUGUGGCGAGGCCUGGGGGACGGACCCUCACUUCAGCUGGCUCCACGAGAGAAUGGCCAUCACUCAGACGGUGGGGACCAUCUCUAAAGAUGGAACUACACUGAUCGUGACAAUGAAGCCUUUCUGCGGACACUUCACCUGCAUCGUCAGCAACAAGCUGAGCUUCAGCUCCGGCUCCUUCACUGCAGGUACAAGAAGAGCCUGAACUGUUUCUGUUUCAACAAUGAGAAAAAGUUUUUAGGUAUUUUUAUCUAUUGUUUAAAAAAUAGGCGAUUGAUCGCAUUUACUCAUGUAACUGCGACUGAACAGAUUUUGUGUUCUCUUUAAAGGUGGGGUAGGCAGGAUUCCGUUAAAGAAGCAUCUUUUUUUGUGGUGUUUAUACAAAAAAGCUUUUAAUAUCAGUCAAUAGAUAUUAGUUAUUGAUGUCAUUUGGUAAUAUAACAAUAUCGCUGUGUUCCCUUAUGUCUGUGUAGUCAACAUUUUUAAAUUUUUGAGCGGCCCACUCUUUCUGACUGUAAACUAAGCCGUUCUCUGCCUCCCUUAACCUGAUUGGCUGUGCAUGGUCCACGUCCAUGGUCGAGUAACGUUCACGAGCCCAAACAAGAAUAAGAAUAAGAAUAAGAAGAACUUUAAUCCCCGAAGGGAAAUUCAAUUGUCUGUUGUCUCACAUAAUACGUCUCCAAAAGUUAUCUACUAUUUACUCAAGAGUUAUCAAGUCUAAUGGCUUUGCUAACACAAAGUUAGCGUGCUACAAUAUCGGACAGUAGACCAACCACAAAGUAUUGAAAAUUGUCUGAAUCCUCCUUUGGCCACGACUGCCGACAGAAACAAGAGAAUGAAAUAAAUACCGGAGACUCUGGCGGAAUAACAGGCGCUUAAAAAGGACAUAGACCACCGUAGACAAGAGCUAAAAACGCAGUCAACAUCAAUAAGGCAUAAACGAUAGGGGACGCGUUGGGAUCUUACAGACCCUGUAACCUUUCUACUGGACAGAUAAACCGCUUUAACAAAGUAAGCCAAGUGUCUGUAACAGAAGUGUUUCUUCUGUUGUAGCGCCGCUAAACUGUUGACCUCGGGUCCUGGACUAUGUCACUUUACCAUAAAAGUCCUGCAAACAUUGUGUUUGCUGGUUGUCUGCUGGCAUCUGCAAUGAUUUUCACUUUCAUGUUGACUGGGCCCCAUUUGUAAUUAUCUGAAGUAUUUAUCUACAUUAUAUCUGAAUUUAAUUGAAACGAUACGACCGAGCAGGAGCGUCUGUUUUGUGGGCGGGGCUUGCUAGAACAUAGCAGGAGGACAGAGGAGGAGUUGAGGGGAAAACUGGCACUUCCCCAGAUCCUGCCUACCUCAUCUGCAAGUCUUUUUACUGCCAGUAUUUUCACUGGGAAGAAUCACUCUAUUAGAUUUUACUAUAAGCGUCAGUCAAAGUAGGAUUUUCACAUCAAGCUCAAAUCACAAUAAGACAGGCGGGAAUACAUUCUUACAUCCAGUGUUCUCGGGUCAAAAGGACAUUGCUUUCCCAAAUUCCACCUCUCUUUCCAACCAGAGUAAGGUUGACGAGAAGCUAUAACUUGAUUUUUAGAGCCGCUCUGUGAGAUGAACAACUGAAAUUGGCCUUUAUGCACAGCCAGCCAUGACUGGAGGGCACAACGACCGUCUAUAAAAUAUGGAAGAGGAUGCUGCCAAAAUAUUCAAUAACUUCAACCUGAAUUGGUGAAGCAGAAACAUAAUCACUUUACUCAUGAAUGACUUUCUGUUGGUUUAACUUCAAUGACUGGAUGAAAUCGAUUUUAUCAUCAUUUGCAGGUUUUAUUUUUCUUUUCAACCCAAGUUCCCAACCAAAAAAAACAAAGGGCUGCUCAGUACUUAAAGUAAAUCUCAAAUAAAUUACUUUUAUUUUCUCUUAAAGCUCCUAUGAAGAGUUUUUAGGUGUUUAUGAAAUUGACUUAAAUUCACAUUGAUGCCUUUAUGUGAUAUUCAACAGCAAACAAGACCUUUAAUGAGCGGAUAGAUCUUUAUAACCUAGUUUUUAAUUCCCUGAAAUUGUUGUGACGGGGUGGGCGUCAGCCAGGCAGCCCCAAUUUACACAUUUUUACUGUCUCCUCUUCAUCACAUAUAAACUAGGAUGAGAGUUUUUCUUGUCUAAAGUCACUAUGCAAGCAAUGAGAAGACAAGAUGAGCGCUAGAGUUGGCACAAACAUAAGUCCAUCACAGGAGGAAAUUGCACUUUUACAUGGGGAGAAUAUUUCAAUACUCUUUCUACCCUUGCUAGGCAGCAUGCACACUAUUCCUUAAUCAAUAAGAACAAGGCACAGUUAUCUACAUUCAGUUAAAUAUUAAAGGCUCAUUAUCAAUAGAAUAAAAGUGUUAAACAAGAGGAGACUCUCUUGAAAACUAUAUGUAAAUAGACGAUACAGUUUCAGUUACAGCAGUCCUUGUUGACGUUGAUUCUUAAAGCUCCUAUGAGGAACUUUCCAUCUGUGUUAACUUUGGCGCCCCCUGUGGACAAAGUGGUAACCCUUAUAUCAUCGCUGGUUUCAUAUUUUCCAUGUGAAAGUGAUUUUACUGUGUGUUUUUACAGUGGAAUUGAUCACGUAACGUUAUAUUUGAAUGUAAAAGUUUAUCUACCCCCUCACAGCAGUUUUAGGUUUUGAAUAUAACAAAGUAGAAAUGUGAAUCUUGAAAUCAAUGGUCUCAUUUGCUUUUUAUAUAAUUGAAGUUCAUUUCUGUCUGCCUCAUUACCUUUUCAAAUCUCUGUACUGGAGCUUUAAUGAACCAUUUCUCUGUAUUAUCUUUGAAUGAGUAAAAGGUCAGUGACCCUCUUUCGAUUGGGGUACUAAAUCCAGUUUACGUGACAAACAGGAGGAAAAGACCCUGAGUGUGUUUUUAGCAGGUCUCUCUUUCUGCACCUCUACAGGUUCUGUUUGUGGUCCUUUUGAAUCUGAAGGGCCCAAACAUAAUGAGCCAGAUAUUUCCACCCUGAAGUGGAGGAAGAACAAAACAUCCUGUUCGUGUCGUUAUGGGAUUUAUGAAUAUAUUGUUUCCAAUUUUAAAAAUAGUCAAGAAUUUUGUAAUUUGUCUCAGGGCUUCAAAGACGAAAAACAAAUAAAAUGUAUAGGACUGAGCUUCAAAGGGGCAGAUUUACAUUCACUAGAAUCCUUUUGCGUAUCUUGAGCUCUCAGUGGCUGAAGUCUUGUACUGAUAGAGGAAAACAAGUGCGUCAUAUUUUCUCCAGCCUUUGAACAGACAGGCCUUUGGGUCUCAGUAAACACGCUGAAUUUGUUACCAGAAAGCUAGCGCUCUCAUAAAGGGAGUGGGUUUUACAGCAAGCCCUGUUAUUGUUAAAGCUGAUUUUGUAAACACAAUGAUAUUAUGUUUUAUAAAACAGCAGCGACCUUUUAGGGUUUAAAACUCCUGUAAGGAACUUUCAGUUUGUGUCAAUUCUGGCGCCCCCUAUGGAGAAAGACGGUUUUGCAUACGUCGUCCUCUACAUGCUUAACCUCUGACUUCUGAAAUCUCACCAAACUUGACUAUUAAAUGAGAAUAUUUCAUGUGGAAAUAAUAAAAAAUAGGGCUGUCUCUUCAGCUGCACAGCUGACACCUACCCCCUAAUGUUCCAGGUAAUUACAAUAUAAAAUUUGUUAAUAGUGUCAGUUAUUGUCCUAUUUGCGUUUGUGAAUCAUAAAAGGCAUCACUAUCGAGUUAAGUUUCCCUUUUUUCGAGCAUCAUUGCCCACUCCAACUCGCUCAAGGCCUGGAGAUCAACAGAGAACACUGGAGAUAAACUCAGCUUGUGGGUUGUGUUUAGUCUCUUUGCUAAAGAAAUUAGUCAAAGUUAAAAAGAUGUUUGGUGGCUAGUACUAUGGCUGGGACCCUAUAUGUACUGUUGAUGAAGUUAGGUGCUGUUCUGAUCAUUAUUUGUGGAUAUAGAGUGGCGUUUUGGUUGAGGUUUGUGUGUCCUGAGACCGCUGUCUAUUGCUAUCCUGUCGUCGUUACUUAAGUUGGUAUAACUAGAGAAGUAAGCGGUCGGCAACAUUCAUCUCUCGAGGGGGUGUCUAACGCAGUGUUAUGGUGUGUUUGACCCUAAAUUAAUUCUAUGCCGGCAUAUCCCUUUAAGGUCAAUAAGGUAAACUUAUUUAUGCUCAAUGUUUUAUUUGGAGAUUUUCACUGACUUAGAUCAAAUGUAUCAUCAAACAUGUAGUAGCCUCUUGAGCAGUUUUACGAUAUAUUUCUCCUUCUUUUGUUAGUCAUACAGACAUUUUGCAGAGUUUUGUGAUUUAAGGUACGACUGAUGUUGUUCUUCCUCCUCAUUGGGGUCUUUUUCUUGGUUGACAGCACCUUGUGAGACGGAAGGCAGAGGUAUGACAGCGGCCGUGGUGUGUCUCGUCAUCCUGCUGCUGAUCGUCAUCGGAGUGUUGGCGUUUGUGCUGUGGAGGUACAGUACUGCAAACACACACAAAUAUUAUUCUGGUCAUUUCUCUCAUUGUACAGCUUAUUAUCAGACUCUGCUUGUCCACUGCUCCCAGAUGACGACUGACACACAUGAAGCUAGACAGGCUGAACUGUUUGCAGACAAAAUAAACGUCAUUUCAUCUCGAUCCCGUGUCUCUACUGUUUGAUUUGGACUGAACGUUUGUUUUUGUUUUUUUUUUUCCAGGAGACACCGACACGGUCACAGAGGAGAGAGGCUGCAUGAACAUUUGGAUGAUACCAUCUGAAAUUCGGCUGGAGACGCACGUCUGCUGUCUCAGGGUGGACAGCAGGAAAUGGUUCAGCCCAUGAGGGUGGAACUUCCCGUCCUGUGAGCAAUAUGACCUUACAAUGCACAGAAACAAUGUGAAGAGUGAACUGCUUUCAGGCACGUAAAAAUAUUUUGAAAUGGAUAGCCAUCCUAAAGAGCCGGAUUUGUCCUUACACAACCUACUGCUGGGCUGCACACGGACCUUUUAUCUGCACUUGUAAAUGUAUUGAAUUGAAGCUUCUGGAUAUAUGCCUUCAAACAGUAAAGAUGCACUUAUGAUGUCAAAGCUGAGAGACUCAUUAAAGCUCCUGUCAGAAACUUGCUUUGUAUUGAUUUUGGCAACGCCUGUGGUCAAAACUUCCCUGUUUUCUUAGCUUAUCCUGUCCUGAAAACACGUGAGCUGAAGAUGGGACAUUGUGUAAAACGUGAGUAACCUUUCCCACCUAAAUUCAAUUGAAUACACUAACAAUAAAGAUAUCUUAUGUUUAAGUGAUAAACUGUUGUUGUUGGUUUUUUUUACAUUCAUUCAUAUUGAAUUUGAUGGCUCCAACAUGUUCCUUAAAAUGUGGGUCAAGGUCAUGUUUACUGCUGUGUCAUAUCCAUAGACUGUAUAUACUAUGGACAACUUGGUUCCGCCUUCCGCCUGUAGACGGAUUUGAAGCCAAAAAGCUCUCAGCAAUUCCGCAUUUUUCUCCACUUCCUGAAACCAGCUUUGCGCAGUAGCAUUUUGCGCAUUCGACGGGAGAGUCACCGACAGUCGCUGUGAUGACGCUUGGCUCAAACAGCGUAUCCCCCGAUGCUGAUAUAAACAGGGACAUCCUUGAAAAGGUCUUGACUUGGAUGGCAGCAUAUGCUGCUCCUAAACCUGUAUGUACCUUUCAGCACUAAUGGAGCCUUCACAGAUGUGACAGUUACCCAUGCUGUGGGCACUAACACACCCCCAUACCAUCACAGAUGCUGGCUUUUGAACUUCACUUUGCAUCAGUUCAUCUCAGGUGCGCUCGGGUCCAGAGAGUCCUGCGGUGUUUCUGUCUGUUGUUUAUAUUUUGGCUGCUUAUCAGCAGUCACCUCUACUGCUCCAAGAUAUCGGCGGUCUUGAGGUAUGGACUGCUGUUGUCUUGUAUGGGUCGUAUGGUAUCUAGUGUUGAUAUCUAUGAUGCUAAUGCUGCGUUUCAGUUGCACUCCGAGAUGGAACUUUAUCUGGAACGCCCCCCUGAAGUCGGAUUUCCAACUCAGAAAGUUGGACGAUCCUCAAACACCCCGACUUGAUGAACGUCAUAAUUCAAGAUGGAAGCACAGUGCAUCAACAGUAAAGAGUAACAGCGUAAUCUCUCAUAAUGUAUUAUUUAUCAGCACUUCUGUUUUGUUUUUGUGAAAUUAAAUAAGUGGUUUAUGUUGUACUGCCCAACGUCUAACUGUGAAC